UCAACCUGUAUGCCAUGUUGAGUACCAUUGGAAACGGACACUUCUCUUUUUUUCUCCUCUUGUAGAGUUUCCCGCUGUGAGUGGAGUUAUUAAGUUUCAUUUAUUGCGAUUGAUUCUCGCGCAGUUUAACCCUAACCUACCGAGAAAUGUCUACAGAAGAUGCGUUUCGAGCUGCUGUCAACAUCAUUCGUAGCAUGCCAAAAGAUGGGCCCUUUCAACCUUCGCCUGACUUGAUGCUUCGCUUCUAUGGAUUAUACAAACAAGCCACCGAAGGGAAAAACAACCAGCCAAAGCCAUCCUUCUGGGCAGUAAUAACGAAAGCUAAAUGGGACGCUUGGAAAUGCCUUGGAAAUAUGCCAAAGGAGGAAGCCAUGAAAAAAUAUGUGGACGAGCUCAAACAGAUCAUUGAAACCAUGUCAUACUCUGAUAGUGUGGCUAAUUUUAUGCAUGUUCUGGGCCCUUUCUACGAGGCAGUUUACGACGGACAAGAGCCCGAGAAUCUGCGCCGAAACCCGUCUCCCCAGUUGUCGGAAGGGAUGGACAAGGACCAACAAGAAGACGAAAGUGGCUACAGUAGUAGCAUUAACGGUACCGGAGCGGAAGAAACAGUAGAAAGCGCUGAUCUGGAAACCGAGAACAACAACAAACCGGUGGUCGUCGAAGAAGAAGACGAAUCGGUAGAGGAGGAGGGAGAACCAGUUCUUGUUACCACCCUAUCACCUGCCACAAGUUCGGCUUCGCUGUACGCCUCUGAAAAGUUUUAUAGUGAUGCCGAGAGUGACGACGAGUACAAGGAUCCCCUGCCAGACUUCUAUCCGCAAUCCAAAUCACUCCAUUCGGCCAUGAGUAAGUCAUCCAGCGCUGAUUCGGGUGAGCAGUUACACGUAACAAUGGCUAUUCAACGGCUUCAGGCCGAUUUGCAGUCCAUCAACAGCCGAUUGGAGGCGUUGGAAUUACACCGGAAGGAGGUGACAUUGAUGGACAAUGGAAGACAAGCCACUACGAAACACAGCACGGUCGAACAGGUGGGCUCGUUCGCCGUCACCUACGGUUCCAUUCCCUCGGUCAACCAGCUGUCUCUGCCUUCUUGGUUUCCGUUCAAAAACGUGAAUGUGGCAACCAUCGCCGUCAUCCUUGGUUGGCCUCUACUCGCUCAAUACCUCUUUGCCCGAUUACAUCAUCGUCAUUCGGCCGUUUAAAAACAACGGAAUAGUAAAGGGAACGGCAUCUGACACAAAAAAAAAUCAACACCACGACGACAACUACAUCUUAUGCAUUAUUCUUAAUACGUCUUCUAAGCCUUUUUUUUUUUACAUUAAAAAACACGAAAUCUUAUUCCAGAUUUUCGUCCGUUUUCCACAAAAUGGUGCUUCAGUUUUAGUCGGGGAAUUUUUUCAUUUAAAAAGAAACGGAAAAAGAAAGAAUUUAUUGACAUUUAUAUACAUACAUAUUUGAUAUAUUUUUUUCCAUGACCUUUCUUGAUUGCGGAUAUUAAAUCCCCUCGUUCCCAUUGGCAUCAAUGCCUCUUCUCCCAUUUUCACAAUUUUAUUUCAUCCGCAAUACUCGUGAGCGCCUUAUCGUUGAUGGUCAAUUACUGCUGGUUGUGUGUGUGUGUGUCUCGAUUAACGUGAUGUGUUUUUUUCCUCCAUAUUUUUAAUUCUAAAAAGUACUGCACAUUUGGAAUUUGUGAGAAACAGCCUCAUAUGCUUCUUUGUCCACCUUUUUCUUCCUUAUAUUUCUUGGGGAGAACAAAACAAAGACUUUUCCAGUCUUUUCCGAGAUAUUUCUGUGCGGCAAGCGAAAAGAUUUAGAUUGAUUGAAACUGUUUUCCACAAAACGAGGGGUGGGUUCUUUGAAUUUUCUUUCUUCUAUCAGGGAAAAAAAAAAGUUUCAUUCUCUUUUUUUAAAUAGAAGAAGAAACAUACAGUUGUAAAGGAGUUGCAAUUCAACUGGGUAACUAUACAUAAAUACACGACAGUUGUUAUUAUUAAAA